AGAACAGUGGCGGAUCUAAGGGGGAUAAGGCGCAUUACUUUGCAGCUGAUCGCGAUUUGGUCACACCAACUGGUUACCCCACCCCCCCCUUCUUAGCAAAAAGCUAGACUUGCUACUGGCUUAGUCUUACAAUUAAGGAAGUUGGAAAUUGGAACAGCGAGAACCAAGAAAAAAAUCAAUAUCGCAUAAGAAAUGAAUUUAUCAUUUAGGUACCGAUUAAUUGAUUUUUAACCUUGCUCGUGGUGAUUCUGUCCCCCAUAACACAGAACUGAUUGCAAAGAGAUUGUGGUACGUAUUUCGAUGGAGUGGAUCUUAUGACGCAGGUGAAGGCAUGUCUAUGGCCUCAUGGUGUGUUGUUUUUCCGCAUCUCUACAUAUGCAACGAAGAUGAGUGAUGGAGGGCGUUAGAAACAUUUACCUACCACUAUUGGUGUUUUCAGUCCCUCUUGCUACGAUAGUAAACGGAAGCAAUUGUGGAGAUGGAUACUUUCUCAACUAUACCUUACCAAUCUUCGGUACGUGCUUGGAGAGAGAACAUCCGAACAGUGGCAUGUGGGGGACCAUACCAAAACUUAUCCCAUUUUCAUCCGCUAUCCCUGCCCCGGCCAAAGGAAGGGACGCAAUGGGGAUACCACCAGGCUUUCGCAUCUGCAAAUUUCCCGACUGCAUGAUGGUUCCAUGUAAGCCUGGCCGGUGUGAAGAGACGAUGGAAAGCUUUGUCUGUCACUGCCCAAGUGGAAUUACAGGGAAAACAUGUGGAAUGAGUACGGGGAGAGAAACAAAUUCUCCUGAAUCAACCGAGACUCUGGUGACAGAAGGUACGGGGGUAGUAACAAGUUCAGCUGAUCCAACCGAGACUCUGACGACAGAAGGUACGGGGAGAGAGACAAGUUCGGCUGAACCAACCGAGACUCUGACGACAGAAGGUACGGGGAGAGAGACAAGUUCGGCUGAACCAACCGAGACUCUGACGACAGAAGGUACGGGGAGAGAGACAAGUUUGGCUGAACCAACCGAGACUCUAACGACAGAAGGUACGGGGAGAGAGACAAGUUCGGCUGAACCAACCGAGACUCUGACGACAGAAGGUACGGGGAGAGAGACAAGUUCGGCUGAACCAACCGAGACUUUAACGACAGAAGGUACGGGGAGAGAAACAAGUUCGGCUGAACCAACCGAGACACUGACGAUAAAAGAUUAUGCCGUGACCCCUUCAGUUAUUGAUUGUCCAUUAAAUAUCAACCAGUCUACAGAACUGGGAAAUGUCGGUUCAGUCGUUACCUGGGCACCACCGAGGGUCGCCCAUGCAUCCGGUACACCUACCGUCAUUGCCAACAUCAACCCAGGAUCUGUUUUCAAUGGCAGUGAUGAGAACGUGGAAGUUUUCUAUACAAUAUCUGAUGGGAGUGGAUGGAUCGAUGAAUCGUGCUCAUUUCGAGUUUCGUUGUAUUACGUGGACACCACGCCCCCUUUAGUUACCUGGUGCCCAAGAAACAGGACAAUCCUGGCUAGUGUUGAUACUGUCACAGCCCCAGUUUACUGGGAAGAACCAAAUGCAACGGAUGCGGCUGGUAUCGCCUCAAUCACCUCCAACCAUGAGCAAGGAUUUGAAGUCGCGGUUGGAAGUUCCAUUACGAUCACAUUCAAUAUUACGGACAGAUCUGGAUUGACCAAUAGCGACUGCUCAUUUACUCUAGAGGUUCUUACGGAAACUCAGGAAUGGAAAUGCACGUCAUCAAAAUGUUACAAUCUGGACGAGCAGCAACGUAAGUGGGCAGUUGCUAAGGCAUUCUGUUCAGGAUUAGACCCGGUACUUACCGUUUCUGGGUACAGAUCGCCAUCGCUUCUCUUUCAUAACUCUAACGAGGAGGCCGCCGAUCUACGGAACCUGCUCAGUUCCCAUAGCGAAUGGGUGUGGAUCAACUGUAACGACCACUUCAAAGAGGGAGAUUUCAUCUGUGAUGUGGAUGGUGCCGGAACCAAGCAAUCCUCAGAGUGGUGGCAUAACGGUGAACCAAACAAUUUGCUUGUCUCUGAGGACUGUGUAAUAGUCAACUAUCCGCUGAUAACUGAUCGUCUCAAAUGGUUUGAUGUACCAUGCUCAUCCCAAUGUCUCACUGUUUGUCAGUUGAUACUCGGGCAAACCAAGACCUAGGAAAGCUUUAAAGUGCCAACGAAUUGUCGAGAUGCCGACUUGAUAACGAUAUGUUAUUUUGCCAAGUUGACAAAAAGUUUUAUGUCAACAUGGCGAGAUAGCGAAUAUGUUCAUGGUGACAUGCAUAUAAAAAGUAAAUGACACGAUUUGAUAAAGUAAAUGACACGAUUUUAUUUUAUAUUCACAUCAUGCACGCACCCUAUACAGUUGGAAACGAAUCCAGGUUAUGUUUUGUUUGUCGACUUGGCGAGAUAAUAUACAUGUAUGUCAAAUGAUAGCAUUUUAAUAAAACCAAGGGAACAAGAGUCGUACAGGGUUUCAGGAAGCCUGUCAUCACUGUUUGAAUUAUAAUUAUAGAGCGAUUAUUGAAAGAGUCAAUGACUUGUCCUUCUCAUUCACUAUCGAAUUGUAAUCUGGAGUCAAUAGCGUAUUCUUGCAAUCACUAGGCAGACGCUUUCUAUAACGCACCAAUUCCUUUGAAAAUGAAGGUUGAAUCACAAGCGACAGCUGAUAGACUAUUGUAGAAAGUUGGUGGACCGGGAUAGCAGAUUGUCCGAAGAUUCGAAAGUGACGAAAAAUUGCAAAUAUGUCGUUUGCCCACAGCCCAGGACACUACCGUUUUGAUUCAUCGAUAUUCGACAAAAGCCGUUUGUCAUUGAAGGGGUUUUGACAAAAGAUUAUCCGCAUUAUAGAAAGUGUCUGCGUAGUGAUCGAUGCGUAGCAAAAAAUGCCUUAAUACUACUAAUACUCAGGAGAACAGAUUCAAGAACAUAGAAAAUGUAUUGUUAAAGCCCUUCAUAAAAAGGAGCAUCCAAGAAAAUUGAUGGACCAUACCUGUUCUGACCUGGACAAACGACAAAUUUGCAUUUUUUCGUCAGCUCCAAAACUCACACAUUUUCGACAAAGACCUCCCUGCUGUUCUGUGUCAUUUGGCGAGCAAUCCCAAUAUAUUUAUCGUGUUCUUGAAUCCGUUCUGAGUCGCCGUGUGAAAAAUCCCUACUUACAAUAGAUACAAAGUUCUCAAUUGCUAGGCUAGAAGUGAUGAGGAUUAAUCAAACUGAUACUGUCAUCCGAGCCGGACAUUUAAUUUUCUUGAUGUCAAAAAAGAGAUCAGCCAAACACGUUAAUAAUCAUUUUGGAUAUUUCAUUUCAUUUUUAUUGCACCUGAUUAUAGAACCAUCCGUAGAUGAAAGUACUGGUGUUCUUUAAAAGUUUUUAGAAACCCCUUCAAAUCUCAUAAUGUUGUAUUUCUCCCAUCUCUAAAAUAAAUCUUACGGCAUAAACUAAUACUUGUGAAAGUUUCAUGCUUUAGUAAAAUUUGCACAAUUGUUUUUUUUUUUGAGCUUAUCCGCUCUACUAUAUAUGGUCCAGUAGGCCCUACGGUUUAUCCUACGUUGAUGUACUUCUUAUUUUUGUAUUCGUUUUAGUUGGUAUUUUUUGCAUUGAGUGGUUUAAUACGCACAAUCCUUCAUUUGAAAGUAGGGCUGUCAAUUUUGAAGAAGUAGAACAUUUGGGAUAUCGCCUGCAUACCCAUUGGAUUCCUAAUAUGGUAACCAUUUGUCUCAUUUAAAUUCUAAAUAAAUAAUUAAAACACCUUUUCCAGAGAAUUUAUUUUAUACAAUUAAGUGACUUCAAAUACUAUUUGAAUACUAAUUUUUCAUAAAAAUUGAAGGCUUUGUUCAGUAGAAGUAGUUCGAGAUUAAGAAAAAUAUGCCAGCCUGUUUACUGGAUUUGGAGAUGACAUAGUAAAAGUAGAAACAGAUGUAUAAAGAAGUGUUGUUCCCUGUAACUAAACGAGAUGAAGAGAUGUGUGAAAUAAUUGUGGUUGACAAGAUGUUUUAAACAAGUAUUCUUUCAGAAAAAAGGCAGCCAGUUAGGUUUCAUUCUACCAGGGAAAGUAGGAGACUUUUCGGUUGUACUAUUAGUGCGUUCCGGUAAUACUGUUGCAAUUUUCUUUUUGAUGAAGCAAUGGAAUUAGCAUAGGCUAAUGCAUUAAAGCACAUUUUAAGUUUUGUUAAGUCUAUUUAAAGUGCAUUUCACAACUCAAAUUCAUACCUUGAUUUACAAUUUAUGCCCUGAAACAAUUACAGAUUGGAUGAAGACUUAACCCUAUCUAGACCAACUUUCAAAUGUUCAAUGGCUAAAAAAACAAAACAGUUUUGACGGUCACUAAACUUUUGUAGAAUAGGAUUGUUAGCUGAUAUUCUGUUAUAAGUCACAUUAUUGUCUCUGUACCAUAAGUCUAUAUGGGCAAUCCAAGAUGAUGAGGGUAUUUCUUUCAUAUUUCAAAUGACUCCUUCAUAAAUGAGUUAUGUUUUCAAAGUUCACUGCAUUUUAAAAUGUGUAGGAAUUACACGGUUUACUAUAUAACUACCUCAUUUUCUUCUGUUAUGUCUCUGUUUAAGAGUAUCAGAAUGAAAAAAAAUAAAUAAAUAUAGGGCUUUUGCAUUGGACAGCGGACAACCGAAAUGCAUUCAAACUGGAAAGUCUUGGUAAUGUAUAUAUUUUUCAGUGUUUUUUUUUUCAUUUUGGUUAUCAUAAGCAGUCUAAAAUAUGAGACAUCAGAAAUAGAACUUCUUACUCGCCAUGGCUGUGUGCAGGGACGUGUCUAAGGGAGUGGUUACACGGGCACCACUUUCAGGGGGGCUUAAAAAGGGAAAAGUGUUUAUAAAUCCUACAACUAAAGUAAAUGUAACGUCAUUUACUGUAUUUACUGUAUUCAGUGAAAAGUUCAUAUCUUUAAAAAAAAUAUCCAAUCGAUGUAUUAUCAGGCACAAGUAUUCUCUGGGACCAACUGUCAUGCCAAAAUAUGAUUCCAAUAAGUUUGGGACAUGAGCCAUUGCACUUUGAUUCUACACCAGAAUUUGUAUGUUGUUUGACUAAAUGUAAAUAGAUAUCUGAAUGUUUGACUUGCUGUUGUAAUUGAAAUGCUCAUUUGGCCAAAUUUUUCUCACUAGUUUCCGUCUGUUCAUCAUGUCCUUUGUGUUAAACUUAAUCAAUGUUUUAUUGUUGCGUGAAUAUCCGUAGACGAUCAUUUCAUUAAAGAUCACUUAUCCCAUGUGUAUUCACC